AUGGCGCAUAAAAGUAGCUCGCUGCCCUCCCGUCAGGUUAUGCCGCUCAAGCAGCCCUAUUUUUUUUUUCUGGGAGCCUCUCCUCCUCUUCAGCAUGAUAGAACCAGACUCUGCCGUGGGUUACUCCCUCGAAGUCGCUUUGGCGUGAGGACAGCUUCGGUCUUUGCCGCCUUGCUGGUGAUAGCCUUCCUCUUACUCACGUCCCGCGAAGCGAGAUCCUACAUACCCGCAUCUUUGGCCUGCAGUGACGGGCAACCCGUGCAGGCUGAGAUCAUCCCGAAUACUGUCCACUUUGUCUACAUUCUGGCCGACGUCACGAAAGACUUUGGUUUUCAGUUCAGCCACUUCCUCUCCAUUUACGCCGUGUGGUUUUACUGGCGGCCAACGACCAUCUAUCUCCACACCAAUGCUGAGGCCAACAGCACCUCAGUUGCCCGCGCCCGCGAAGGCGAGGCCGGCAAGUGGAGCAAGCUCAUCUUCACCCUCUUCGACAUGGAGGUCCGCACUGUCGACGUGCCGACCCACGCCGGCAACGGCUUUGAGAUCAAGGGCAUGGAGCACAAGUCCGACUUUGUCCGCGUCAAGGCCGUCCACGACCUCGGCGGCACCUACCUCGACUGGGACGUCCACGCGCUCCGGGACAUCCGGCCCCUCCGCACCAGCGGCUUCAACGCCGUCGCUGGCCGCGAGCUCGGUGGCAUGGUCAACAGCGGCUACUUCAUGUCGGUGCGGGCCGGGCGCCUGAUCCGCCUCUGGAUGGACGGCAUGCAUCUCGCCUACGACGGCGGGUGGAUAACGCACAGCAACCUUAUUAUCACGAAUUUUGGCCAGCGCCUCGUCGGGGAGCCGGGCGAGAUGCUCAUUAUGGAGCGCGACGCGUUUGCGCCGGGCAGCUGGGAGAACAAGGAUACGGAUGCCCUCUUCGGCACCCACGAUGACGAGCCGUCUAAUUUGUCCAACUUCACGCAAGGGGACACUCUCCCUUCGUACGACGAGAGCUUCUUCGAGAGGUUCAACCACCCCGAGCGCUUCCCGGCCUGGGCGCGAGACUGGUCGUCCACCUAUGUGCUGCACGCUUUUGGGCCGGGACGGUGGAAUCACAAGGUCGAGGGCUUUGAGCACGUUUCGCCGCGGUAUGUGCUGGAGAGGAGGAGUAAUUUCGCGCGCGCUGUGUAUCCUAUUGCGAAGCGCAUGUACGAACAGGGCCUUAUCGAUCUUAACGAUUCAUACCACGGCCAAUGA